CGAUCAUAUCAGUUGAAUCAAAGGUGAAUCGUUCUUAGCGCUACAACCCUUAACACACGAAAUCGGUCCAACUUUUUUAGUUUCCGGGAAAAGUCUUCACAGGCUGAAGGGAGAUGUUUCCCAGAUUUCCUCCGUUACAUCAUACGGUGUUCAUCGCGGCCUGCUGGGUUGGUAUGUCUGUGCUUGGGAUCCUGUGGCAUUUUGAACUCACAGGUAAAACUGGCAGUGACAGAAGUGACACAUAUCUACGCUCCAUCCAGAAAAGGGCCUCAGAACACACAUCUCAGGAGCAAAACAAUGUCAACAACGAUGGAUCAAUGAAGUUGACAGAGGAAGUAACAAGCAAAAACGAAAUGUAUGAUCGAGUGAACACGCUGUUGCUAUUUGUUGGUUACUCUCGCAGUAGACACAGCUUAGUUUCUUCAUUACUUGACGCUCACCCUCACAUGAUAGUUGCAGAUGAAUCGUAUGCACUGAGAAAAUGGGUUCAGCAACCAGCAUGGAAAACGGAAAAUCAAGAUAUGAAUUCUUCGAUACAAUGUUGGGAAAACUCAAAGUGGUCUGUAAAAAGAGGUCGAAGGUCUCGCGUAGCAAACGGAAGCGCAGUAAAUUUUCAACUCUACGGCUACCGUAUUCCAGAUCAGUGGCAGGAACAUAUGAUCGAUACAUACAG